CAUCAUAUACUGCAUUUUCUGCAAUCCCGCUUAUAUCUGCCAACACGGCAUAGUCCCCAAUAGCUAGAAAGCGCGAGCUCCAAAUACUCCUCACUCUCAGUCCACAGUAUGGCGAGUAGUAAAUAUUGAACAAGAGUCGGAAAUGGAGACGGUAAACCUUCUGGGCAUUAGCAGCUGCUGGUCAUGCGAUCUAUGCAAAGCAGGGGCACGCAUAUUCUACUGCCACGACCAUUCAGCCUACUUCUGCAUCCUCUGUGAUCAGCGCGUUCACUCGAUCAGCUCUGCAGGCCCUGAGCAGCACGAGCGUGUGUGGGUGUGCAACUCAUGCGAGAAGGCUCCUGCAGAUCUCAUCUGCGAGGCUGAUGCAGCCUUCCUGUGCAGGAGUUGUGACGAUGAGAUCCACUCAGCAAACGUACUGGCCCAGAGGCAUGUGAGGGUCCCAGUGAAGUCCGUCCCCUGUGUUGCCUCGGACCAAAACGAGCACGCAGACACACUGUUCGACUUUGGCGGCGGCUAUUUAGGCCAAGAGGCUUGCGAGGAGAUUAAUGAUGACGAGACUGAUUCCUGGUUGUUGCUUGAUCCUGCUAUUCCAGAUGAAAACUUGUGCCCUGAGUAUCAACCUCCAGACCACUCCAACUAUUGGGAUAAUUCUAGGUGUUUGAAGGAGCCCAAGCAGCAGGAAUACGAUCUCGGGAAGGAUGCUUUCAUCAACAGCUUGUCGAGUCAGCAAACAGUUCCUGAAUCAGUCACCAGAAUUUCACAGAAGCCGGCUACAAUCACUAUCUCGAAUUCUUAUGCUAUGCCUCUGAUGGGCAACUCUCAGAUCUUCUUGGCGGGCCCACCAAUGAUUCCAUGCCAGAUGAUGAACAGGGAAGCAAAAGUGUUAAGGUACAAAGAGAAGAAGAAAGCGAGGAAAUAUGAAAAGAAAGUCCGCUACGCGUCAAGAAAGGCCUAUGCAGAAAGCCGCCCUCGGGUCAAAGGCCGAUUCGCAAGUAAACUGGAUAUUGAACUCGAAGUGGAUCAGAUGUUCUCAUUGGAUGAGUAUGGCUGCAAUCUGUUUUGAUGGUUGCAUGCUGGUGAAACAGCCGAGGAAAUCGCUCGGUUUUGAAAAUCUUGCAGUCGCCAUACAUCUCAUGUUAUGAUCUUUACUUCAGGAAGCAGCAGUAGAAACUCUAGAUUGAUCAAUAAAUAUUAGAAAUAUCAAGUGACAGUUUUAUAUGU